UUAAAUAGCACGCUCCUGAAUAAUUAAUGAGUCAAAAAAGAAAUCAAAAGGGAAGAAAAAAAAUUCUUGACACAAGCAAAAAAUUAAAAUAUAACAUAAUACUAGACUGGAUAACUAAGGAAAGAGAUGGAAGAUUAUAUUAUAAUGCGCACACAGAUAAUUUUCCUUAUCUGACCUGAGUUCCAAGCGGCGCUCUCACCUAGCUUGUGGGUGCUAAAGGCAAACACACACAAAACAAGCGAGCAAUUUCCUCCUGGUUGGCGAUGCAGCAUUACCUAGCAAGCACUUUUUCUGCAGGGUUCUGCAUUUUCUGAUUCUGUUCUAGCUGACCCACCCGCCAGGUCCUGCCUCCUCAGAUUCCCACGUAUUGCAUUUUUAGCCCAAAUCUUUGGAAUCUCCUCCUCCCUCCAGAUUUUUUUCUUUAUAAGGAUGAAUGAGGAGUCCAUAAUUUGUGCUACACAAAACCAGAAGCAGAAGCACACAACAAAAAGCAACCUUAAGAAUAAAUUUAAUUCAAACCAAGUGCCAUUAACCAAGGGGGAGCCAACACAGCACACACGUUUUACAAAGUUCAGAACCACAGCAGCGGAAGAUAUCACUGGUGAAGGAUAUUUCUCCCCUUUUCCGUGGAGGCUCAUAUCUGUGGUGCUCGGUGUCCUGAGCCUUGUCCUGAUGGCCACAACCAUCACAGUGGCUGUUUUUACUGCAAACUCAUCUUCCAAAAGAACGUCUCUUGCAACCCCACAAAAAGAAAAUCUUUGUCCAGGACCUCUUUAUCACCCUUGUCCAAAGAAUUGGGUAUGGUUCAAAUUCAGUUGCUACUACUUCUCCAAGGAAGAGUUAAGUUGGAGAGAGAGUCAACGUGCCUGCUCAUCUCUCAAUGCCAGUCUCAUGAGGAUGAACAGUGAAGAGAUGCAUUUCUUCUCUUUGAAAUCUUUCUUUUGGAUCGGCAUCUACCGUAAGGCAGCUGAUAAGCACUGGCUAUGGGAAAAUGAUUCGGCUGUUCCCCCUGAUAUGUUUCCUCUUGCUCCGCCUCACAAUCAACAAGCCUGUCUUUCUUAUAAAUCAAGAGGAGUUUAUGCGAGUGAAACAUGUGAGAAUAAACAGACUUAUAUUUGUAAGAGUCAGCUUAUUCAUUCUAUGAAUUCAUAGGAGAGAUGAAAAUUAGUCUUGUGUUAGCCUAUGUCUUGACAGUUCCACCAAUGGUCACUUCAUUGUUCUCUGGAGAAAAUACGUAAAUUUACACUUUUGGUUUAAUAAAAAGAAAAUGUUGUAAAAACAAUUCAGAUGCCGUUUUUCCAGAUGUACUAUAAUCUUGUUGACUGGAUACAGUUUGAUUUACAUGACUUUUCAUGAAAGAACACUGUGAUAUAUUUAAAAUACAUUUAUGAGUAUGCAUUUUAGGAGACAUUAUAAUAAAUGACUUUUGAAUUAGAGAUAAGGUCUGAUUACUGGACAUUAAGAAGGUAUAAGUAAAGUCACAUUAAGCAGGUCCUUCAAAAACUAGAUGGAAGACAUGUAAUGAAA